AUGAGUUCGAAGCACCACUCUAAAACCAAAAAAGAGGCAGCUUCAGCGCCCAAAGCCGAGGCAAAGCCAACCGCUCCAGCUAUUGUUGAUCCUACAAUUCAACCAUCUCAAGUUUCUAUAAAUAGUGUCGAUCAACCCGUUAUUGAUUACAAGCGUUUCGUCAAAUCUCAAAAAGAAGCUAUAGAAAACGACUCUCUCGAAGCUCUUGGCUUAUUCCAAGAAUCACCAGCUUUAGUUGCCGGAAGAGUUGUCCUUGAAGUUAUUGAUAAUCCUAGUUUCGAUGAGAUGGCAGCAUCUUCAUCACCCGCUGUCACAGAUUUCCUUCAAUUCCUCAGAACAAAAGUUCCAAAUAAAGCAAUGAAUACUAUCGCGACUACUUAUUUACCAUGCAUUCCGAAACCACAUCUUUACAUGGAAGCAUUUGUUCAUCUCCUUCUCAGAAUGGCCAACGAGUCAUCAGAUCCAACAAAAUUCAUGCGUUGGCUCUGCAUGAACUUCCCACCAACGAAAUGGGCCAAGAAGCAAACAUCCACAAAUACAAAGCUCCUUGCCAUGGGUCUCUGCAGUGUGGAAAACCACGGAAACAAGGCUUUAUGGAUUGCUCUUGAUAAUGAUUCGAUUAUUCAUGUUUACAAACAAGUUGGCGAAGAAAUCGAAGCUAUUAUCGAAGAAAAGUGCACAAGAUUCAACGUAGAAGACAAGAAAGUUGCUGCUUAUGGCAUCAGCGGCGAUGUUCUUCUUCGUUUCAUUCCAAUCGACUCGAAACUUACACAGGCAUGGGCCGUUUCAUUCGAUAAGAAGCAUGCAUCAUUCCCAAUGUUCAUGACAUCAUUUGACAAGGCAAUUCCACCGCUAAUCAUGAAAGCUUACAAUGAUGCCAUUACAGCUCACGAUGGCCACAUGGUUCGUGCUUUCCUUGGCAAGGAUGUUUGCAACAACCAUCCAAUGCUUGCCAAAUCCUUACUUACUCUCUUCAUGCAUGAUCAAUCAGUUCAUACUCUUCUUGCAACGAUCAUUGGUUCUAGUUUUGCAAAGCCCAAGAUCGACAUUACAUUCUUACUUUCAUCCGUACCAUUUAUUCCUCAUCUUUACAAAGCAUUCAUCCAAAGAUUCGCCACAAACUACGUUACAGACUUUCUCCGCAAGUUGAUCGUCUACAUCGACUCUUCCGAUGAUCUUAACAUCGAAAAGAUGGACAUGGUCAACGCUGAGAAGGCAGAAAAAGUAUUUUUCACUUCACUUAAGUAUAUCAUGGACACAUCCUCACUAUUUUCGAACGAAAUACGUCAUCUUGUAUCCUACAUCAGAUACUUCUCCGCGAUUAGGUUCAACAAGAUGUCAUUUACCUACUUUAACAUUGCAGAUUUUAUCGGCAUCAGAUUUAUCUGCGGUGUCCUCGAGAACCCAACCCAAUACAUUCCAGACUUGACCCUCUCCAAGCCAGACAAUGUCUGCGGCAUCUGCAGGCUCCUCAGAAUCGCAUUUAAGCUCGGCCAAAUGUGCGGACCAUACGAAAAGUUCGCCAGCUGGAACAACAGACUCAACAACCAUGUCUACCCGAAGUUAAUGCACUUCAUGUACUCCAUUGGCGAUAUGGGCAAGCGCGAGCCGAAAUACGAAAUUCCAUCAGACCAAGAAUUCGCCGAAGCCCUCAAUUUCUUGAUGAAAGAGCUUGCAGAGAAGCACAAACCAUUCAUGAAGGAGCUUGACCUCAUCAAGAAGUCAUCAAUCCCUUAUCCAGGACUUCUUGGAUUUAAUUUCGCCACAGCACUUUGCAGAUACUUCGAACACUUCUACGACAACGCUGUAGUUGAAGAGCCUAAACACGAGGAAGAGAAGAAGGAAGAACACGAAGAACAGAAAGAUGAAGAAUAUUCUUAUUCAUCAUCUGAAUCUGAGAAGAAAGAAAAGGAAGAUGAAAAGGAAGAAGAGAAACAUGAUGAAAAUGUGGAAAAUCAUGAGGAAGAAAAGAAGGAAGAAGAAAAUCAUGAUAGCGAAAAGAAGGAAGAAGAAAAGAAUGAAGAGGAAAAGAAUGAUGAGGCAGAAGAAAAGAAAGAAGAUAAUGUUAAAUCUGAAAAUGACAUAUAA